AUGACCUCCGGUAAAGAUUUGAAGGCUGGUUCCGCGCUCCAGUGUCAAAGCGGGGAGGAGCGCAGACGGGCUCCGUUGGACCAGCUACCCCCUCCGGCCAACUCCAACAAGCCCCUGACCCCGUUCAGCAUCGAGGAUAUCCUCAACAAGCCGAGCGUGAAGAAGCAGGCGGCCGGGAUCCGUCCCCCCCGGGCGCUGCUGGAGAAAGUGUCCGCCCCAGGGACGCCCCGGAACGGCAUCAGUUCGCCGUCCUCCCCGCUGUGCGCCCUGGAGGAACUGGCCAGCAAAACCUUCAAGGGGCUGGAGGUCAGCGUUAUCCAGGCAGCGGAAGGUCGAGAGCACCUAUAA